AGAGAUAGAGAACGUUAGUCAUUUUUAGAUGUACCUUUAGUGUUGAAUGUUGUAAUAAAAAAAAAAUUAUAGUUUUCUUAAUUUUAUGGAAUUUAUAAGAUUUACGUUCAUUUUAUGUUCUUGACAAACUUUUAUACAAGUUUAGUGAGUUUGAGGAGAUGGAGUCGCCGCCUUCGUUUUCUACUCAUUCCGAGGCGCCUCCGCUGAGUGAAGACAGUGGUCUCCUGAUUACAAGUGGCUCGUUUUCUAGUGAUUCCGCGAGUGGAUGGCAUCAUAUUGCAUCCGAGUUGCAAGAGAGCGAUUUCGAUGAGCGGUCGUUGUCGCUCUGCGAGUCAACGGAGCCUUCGGAACGCAUGUGCGGUGAUUUUUUUAAUACAGUGAAGAAAGGACCAGGGAAAGUCAUCGUCACUGCCAUCGAACCUCCACCUGAAUUUCAGGAUAAUCCAGAUACAAGUAUAGAUUGUGUACCCGCAUUUGUGGGCUCACCAAUUAAAUGUUUGGCUGUGUGCGUGCCUCCAUCUGUUGUUUUUACCAAUAAUAUUAAUAAAUCAAAAUCAUCGAGCUUAGAAGUUGCAAUGACCACUAGCCACGUUUCGCCGCUGUAUCCGAGGAAAUUAAAACCAGAGUCGCUUUACGAACGCAGGCAAUGUCUCAAUCACCGAUUCGCGAGUCCGAGACUUUUACAUCUCAGUCCCUGUCGAAUCAAUAGACCUUCUUCUAGGAAUUCUCUCUCCUCACGCCUUUCCAGUAGUCAUAAUUCUCUCGUAACCCAGUUUCAAGCGGACGAUUCCAGCUUCAUUACGCAGGCUAUAUCGCACGACACGCUGUCUGCAAAAACUUCCGACAUCACAGACAUGUACAAUGUCCCUUUCGACAGUGAUAUCUAUGCGGUUCCCAUUGAUAUGGUUCGGCCUAGUCACAGUAAUGUAAGAGGCAAGGGGAAAAAGCCGCAGAGGAAUAAUAGGAGGCGUGGGAAGAGCAGUUCUCAGAGCACUAGUUUCAAUAGCGUCGUGCCCGACAGAGGCUACAAGUCUAAGGAAACGAGGCAUAGAGAUACCAAAACUAAAAGGCAUAGCUUGCCGAGUUCUUCUUGCAAGAAAAACGUCACCGACUCGGAUACCGACUCACUCCACUUGACUUUACGUGAGAUGAGGAAGUAUCUUCAUACCUUGUACUCAAGUUCCAGCGAUUCCGAAUGCCGAAACACAAUUAAUAAGAAAAGCAACACAAUAAUAACGAACGUUGGCAUUCAUAUGCGACACGGCAAUAAAGAUACUGGCACCGCCGUAUUCCUCAAAGAGAGUAACGACGUGUCUAGAACGGGGGAAACGAACAACAAUCAUAAGAAAGCGAACAAAAAUACAUUGAGUAUGAAUUCCAAGAAUAAGAAGCAUAAAGAAAAUAUUCCAAAGGAUUGUAGUAUUAUAGAGGAGAAUAAAGAUAAGGGGAAAAAGGGGAAUCAGGGUUCGAAAGUGAAGAUGUCUCCGGUUCGGAUGCUAUCUAUGAAUUUGAAGCAAAGUUUCUGCAAUCUAUUUCGGUGGCGGAAGUCGAGUGACAGUGAUAGUGUGGAGAGAAUCGGAAGGGAAUCUCCCCCGGCGGCUGUUCGUAGAGCCCUUCCGCCGCUGCCGCAGUCUCCGCACCCAUCGAACUCCCGUCGCUCAGCCAACGAAGAGGACACUAUUAUGGACUUUGCAACUUCGAUCCAGAGAGUUAAGGAUUAUGGAUGGUACUGGGGACCGAUUUCGGUAGAAGCUGCGGAAAAGAUACUCUCCAACGAGCCUGAUGGGUCUUUCAUAGUUCGGGACAGCAGUGACGACCACUACAUCUUCACACUCACCUUUAAACUGAACGGCCUGAGGCACGUCAGGAUAGAACACGACCAGGGUAACUUCUGCUUCGGGGGCUGUACGAUGUUUAAAGCGCAGACGAUUGUGGAAUUCAUCGAGAACGCUGUUGAGACGUCGCGCAGUGGCCGCUAUUUGUUCUUCCUGAACCUGCGCCCAGUGCUUGGACCCGUCAGAGUCCAGCUGCUGUACCCAGUAUCUCGAUUUAAGCGCGUGCAGAGCUUACAGCAUAUGUGCAGGUUUGUUAUUCUAAAGUACGUGCGGCGUGAUCUGAUUAGCAGCCUGCCGCUCCCCAGACGUCUCUUAGAUUACCUGAGCGCCACCCACUACUACUCGGAGCUUCUAGCUGAGAUUUAAGUAAAACCUUGACCGGUGACCCGUAUGUAAAUUAAAGGAGCCUUUGUCAUAGGCAUUUCAAAGUGGGGAUCACAGGUGGGUCCGACUCACCCCUAAAUUCGCUCAUUUAAAACAAGAUAUAUCUAUUAUAAAGUACAUAUUACUUGUGCAUUGUCAGCGCAAGGAUAUUUAUCUUGACCUUUCAAAAUACUUACAAUAAAACAAUUUUGUAUAAUCUGUUUAAAUCAUCCUGCGCAAAUUGGGUUUUGAGGUCAAUCGAACUCAUCGAACUAUGAUUAUGUUUGGUCGAGCGACUGAUCAAAAUCUGUCCCCGCUCCUAGCAACUCUAUCAAAUGCUAUGUCCAUGGUCUUCGUUGUAGAUCUGCAUUCACGAUACGUCCAAUAUAUAUUCUCUAUCGACGGCUUAUGUCCGGUUCCUACAUUAAUCAGCGAAUAAUUUUUGCCUAUAAUUGCUUAUAAUUUAUAUUAUUUGUCAUCAUUAAAUCAGCAUGGAACACUACGUUCUGUGGUUGGCGGUAUUCGGUUGGUAUUAAUUUAUAUUAAUAUAGGAACUGGCCUUUAUUACGAUAUUUUAUUUAAGUUGUAUAUUACUGAGUGGUAUAAGAUAGUGACCUCAAUAUAAUGUUAAAAUUAUUUAAUUAAUUACAAACAGGCGGAAUACCAUACUGGUGGUUUUUUUUUAAAGGCGUUUUUUAUAUAUUAUCCCCCAGUUUAUUAAUAUGAAUGUGCUUAGGAGAAAUAUCAAAAAUGGCUAAUAAAUGGUAACAGACUAUAUAGUAAUAUUACUAGUAGAAUGAUGUGUUUAUGUGGAUGUUGCGUAUUCCGUCUGUACCUACAUAGUCUACCUUCUUUUGUUUUCUUACAUUACAACCAGGCUGUGGAACUAAGCAGUAUUAUAUUGUAAUCAAAUCGAACUAUCUUGAUACUUGCAAUAUUAUUUCAUUGAAUUAUGUAGGCCUAAUUUAAAAUGAUUGAUAUUAAUAAAUACGUUUAAUAGUGUUUUCAAGUAGAUUAAAAUAAUUUAUCUGACAAAAUAUCGGUCGUUUAGAUUGGGCCUUAAUUAUUCUUUUUUUUAAUGUAAUUGUAUUAUAUUUAUAGUUAGUAACUGUUUACGAUACAAAGACGUAUGAUAUUUUUAAUAGAAACACAUAUUUUCGUAAUGAUAGUUAAUUAAUAUAAGAAUCAUUAGGAAUGUUUGCUUGAAUAAUAUUAUUUCUAAAUA